GCCUCUGGUUCGGACAAUUUGAAUUUCAAAAAAGAGUUGCCGUUGGGGGGCAGAGGCCAACGAUCAAAAUAAAGAUCCCCUCCUCUAAAGUCUAAACCGUUAUAUAAAUACCCACUCAGUUUGCCCUAACCCUCUCCUCACUCACUUCCGCAAAUCGAAAUCAAAUUGUAGAGAGAGAGAAAUGGAGAAGGCAGGAGCGAUCGCGGUGUCGGCUAUGGACGCGUUCGAGAAACUGGAGAAGGUCGGAGAAGGGACCUACGGCAAGGUUUACAGAGCCAGAGAGAAGGCCACCGGCAAGAUCGUCGCCCUCAAAAAGACUCGUCUCCAUGAGGACGAAGAAGGCGUCCCUCCCACCACUCUCCGCGAGGUCUCCAUUUUGCGCAUGCUCUCCCGCGACCCGCACGUCGUCAGGUUGAUGGAUGUGAAGCAAGGCACGAAUAAGGAAGGCAAGACUGUGCUCUACUUGGUGUUUGAGUACAUGGAAACUGAUGUCAAGAAAUACAUUCGCAGUUUCCGUCAAACUGGAGAAAUGAUUCCUGCUCCCGUCGUUAAGAGUCUGAUGUACCAACUAUGCAAAGGUGUUGCCUUCUGCCAUGGUCAUGGAAUCUUACACAGGGAUCUUAAGCCUCACAAUCUCCUGAUGGACCGCAAGAGUAUGAUCCUUAAAAUUGCGGAUCUUGGACUGGCUCGAGCAUUUACUCUGCCCAUCAAGAAGUAUACGCAUGAGAUAUUGACCCUUUGGUAUAGGGCACCUGAAGUCCUUCUGGGAUCCACACAUUACUCAACUGCAGUGGAUAUUUGGUCUGUUGGCUGCAUAUUUGCUGAACUUGUCACAAAGCAAGCACUCUUCCCUGGGGAUUCUGAACUGCAGCAGCUCCUACAUAUAUUCAGGUUGUUGGGUACUCCAAAUGAAACAGUGUGGCCAGGUGUAAGCAAACUCAUGAACUGGCAUGAGUACCCCCAGUGGAGCCCUCAGAGUUUGUCCAAGGCUGUUCCAAAUUUGGAUGCUGAUGGGUUGCAUCUGUUGUCGGAAAUGUUGCAAUAUGAGCCUGGAAAACGCAUUUCAGCAAAGAAGGCUAUGGAACACCCUUACUUUGAUGAUUUGAACAAAGCUGGCCUCUGAAAAGAAAGAUGAAGAAGCAUAUGACAGAGCCACUACAUGUGGAACAU